AUGCUAUUCAAAGAUGCAUGUGAACAAGAGAAGUUACCAACUGCACCGAGCGGUAACUUGCCACCAAGCAAACUUGGUAAUCCAAUUCUUGAAGUCACUCUCGAGUCUGGUGAUUCUAUAUACCUUCCUCGUGGUUACAUUUUCCAGGCUUCUACCCCAGCCAAUUCCUACUCUUUGCAUAUUCUCAUCAGCACUUAUCAAAAGCACACAUGGGCAAAUUUCAUCUCCAUUUUAAUGCCAGCUGCUAUAAGACUGGCAAGUAAGUGUGAUAUGAAGAUGCGUGAAGGUCUCCCAGUAGGGCUACUUCGCCAUUUGGGUGGAUUUAUUAGCAGAAAUUGUGGUGGUGUUCCAAGGACAACAGAAUCUAGAAGCAUCGAGAAAAUGGCACGUGAGGCAGUUGCUGGUCGAUUGAUUGCGAUCGCUGAGCAGAUUUUAUCUGGUGGGUCGGCUGUUGCUUCUACUGGCAAAGAAGUUGAUUCCCGUAAGUCCAAAAGGAUGGGUGCCAAUGUCCCGAAUGCCUCGAACUGCAUUACAGCCAGCUCAACUACGUGCAAGUCAGAUGCAAUUAACGAAUUAUAUUCUCGAGAUCAUGUGGAUCCUCUUCUAUUGGCGGCUGACUUAAUGGCUGUUGGACUGGUCAAUGAUAGUCUACCGCCAGCACUUCAUAUAUGUAAGAAAGACAUACACGUAAAAAUAUCUGUCUUAUACCUACAGCCAGAAGGGUAUUAUUUUUACCUGUCAGUAUGA